CAGAUAAGUCCGUCAUUGAUUUUGGCAGCUGUUCAUCAUUGUUCAUCAUUGUUCAUCUCGCUCCAUUCACACAUUAAACCGUCUUCUCCUUUUUGGAAAUACAUCAAGAUCAGCCACAAUCUCCAACAUGAACACCUUCCUCUUCCUGAUGUGCAGCAUAGCAAUCCUGUGUGCACCAUUGUGUGGAGCUAAUGAUGUUGGUAAUGCCACCAGUGCAUUUUCAACUGGUUCUCCUGAAUCUUCACCAGCUAAUCAAACAUCGAAUCCCAGCAGCAUGUCUGGGACCAUCAGCACUGCUAAGGUCUUGUUGACUUCCCCUGUCUCCAAAAGUCAAAGCCUGCCAUCUUCCGCCACGCCAAAGCCCAACACGGUGCCGAAUGCUUUGAGCUUCAAGAAGGAGUGUCUUUAUGUGUACAUGGUCACUGGCGGUCUGAUCAUACUCAGUUUUUUCCUGCUCCUCUCUACUUUGCUGUUGGCUUGCAGAGUGUGCCACUUGAACAAACGCAUCAAGGAGCUCAGUAGCAACGCCGACCUGAUCAGCAUCUCUGAAUACCGGAUUGGAACAGCCAAGACUGACAAGAGCGAGCCAGAGAAAGAACCUGAGGAGACCACUGUGUUAAUGUCCGAUCUGAGCCAAAACAAGGAGGAAAUGGGUAAUGGCACCACCAAAGAAGAAGGAGAGAACGGACAAACAGGACAGGACAGUAAGACAGAGGAUGGGGACAAAAACAAGAGUGAGGAAGCAGCGGCUACACCUGCAGCUGUUGCUGAGAGUUCAUCCCCCUCAAAGGGACCAGAGGAGACAAAUGAAUCCCCGUCCGCUGAAGCCACAGCUGCCUCCAAGUCUGAGGGCACCGGGGAACCAAAGGAUGUGGUGUAGAGUGUGUUUGUGUUUCGCCAAAGCUUCUUGAGCAUCUAUCUUCACUUCUUUAAAGCUUUAUCAACUCUUUUACUGUAAAUGAAUACUUUCUUCUGCAGCUUUUCAGAGUAUUUGGAGUGUCAAAUAACUGGUGGACAUAAGAUUUCUUUCUGUAACUGAUGAGAAUUGUUGAAUUUAUGAACAUUUAUAUGAUAAUAUAGAUAUCUAUGCAAGUAGAUAUUAAUACUUCAUGCUUAACUUAACAUUUUGAUACAUUUCUGGCAUGUUUGUCACAUGAUACAUCCAAAAGAUUCAAACCACAUCUUGUGUCUUAUUUAUUACUGUGCAACCAUUUCCUCUUUAGUAGCUGUGUUUGUGUUUGCUUGUGCGUGUGUCAAAGAGAGCGAGAGAAAAGGAGGACUGCUUGAUUAGCAGGCAGAGACUGUGCCUCUUCCGGGCAGUGCCACUCAACUCAGAAAGAAUGCUCUCUUUUACCUCAGCCUGAGCUGACAACGCUGCACAAUAAACCUUUUUAAAAAACCAA